GAACAGACACUCCCAAUGAUGGGUGACCGCAGAGUCUCAGGACAGCCUCAGCCCGCGGACUUGCUCAACACCUGCUCGGGAGAUGACCUGCAGCCCUGCCCAGGAGCGUGCCCGAGGGACCCGGGCAGCCACCCCGGCCCCCCUGAGCCCCACGGACAGCGAACCUGGCCCCUCGGCCCUCCUGAAUCCGCCGGGCCCGGUGCUCCUCACGGCGGCUCUGGCGUGGAGAGCUCCUCCUCCCGGGGGGAGCCCCUGGGGUGCAGCCGGCCCCGGGGGUGCGCGCCGCAGGGCCGGAGCUCGUCCUCCACACAGGUGGUGUUCUGGGCUGGCAUCCUGCAGGCCCAGAUGUGCGUGCUGGACCUGGAGGAGGAGCUGGAGAAGACCGAAGGGCUCAGGGCUGAGCUGAGGUGCUGCCUCCCGCCGCCCCCGCCCCAGCUCCACGCGGGGCUGAGCGCCCUUCCACCCGCCGAGGAGGACUUCAGGGAGGAGAGCAGCGAGUCCGAAGAGGAAAACCAGGCCUGGCCGGGGGCAGACACGCCCGGCUCCUCCCUGGAGUGGGGUGCUGAGGAGGAGAGCGUGUUCUUCGACAACCCUCUCUUCCUGGAGAGCCCCCGCCCCGAUACCAGCGCGGCUGGGGACUGCUCUGCCUGGGGACUCCCAGACUCCCAGGCCAGCGUGAGGGCCUGGCCUACCGACCCGCACACCCCGCCGUCUCCGCCCCCGGGCCGCGCGGUCUCCCCGGAGCCGGGAAGCGGGCCGCGUGUGGAGAGCAGCUCCACGAGCUCCAGCGGGCGCAGCACCCCUCCAUUUCCCGUGCCUUCCUACAAAUCGCACCCGUUCUGCUGGGCCGCCCAGGCCCCCACCGGAGGGGCCUCCGCGGCAUCCUCGGGUGAGGAAGAAGAUGCGGCUCCUCUGGAAGACAACCCUGGCCCUGCCUCACCUGUAGUAUCCGGUGUGGACCAAGUAUUGACCCAGGAGAUGGGACACACUGGGCCUGACCUUGGCCCUCACCCACGUCCUGCGCGGCAUCGGGUCCCGUCCAGCCCUGAGGACUUGCAGAUGGAAGAGGGUCCUCCCCGGCCCCUGGAGCUUCUUCUCCCCAACGACCCAGGUGAGAAGGACACCGGGCAUCUCCAGCAGCCUGCGCCCUGCGCCCAGGCCUCUGGUCCCUGUGGGAGCCCAGUGUCUUUGCCGGAACCUAGCGGCCCAGUGUCUGAGGCCGCAGCCCUCGGCCCUGUGUCCUCCCCCGAGGGCAGCCCAGAGCGUCAGUGCCGCAGCCCUGGAAGUUUCCCCAAGUGGCCACCGGAUGCCUCGUACCCUUUGCCUCUGGAGAUGGAUGAGGCAGAGCCCGGCUCCCCGAAGGAAGAAGGGGCGGCCGAGACCCCAGACCCAAGGCAAGAAGGAAAGAGGGAGGACACGCCCAGGACUGCGGAGGCUGCCGGUGCCCAGCUAAACGUUCAUUUGCCUUCCACAGAAGGGCCUCCGGAGAGCCCCGCGCCCCACGCCCAGCUCCCGGAGGAAGGCCUGAGUCCACCAGCUGGAGCCAAGUUGGCUAACGGAGUCCGGAAUGACCCGGAGGCCCGGAGCCUGGCCUCGCGCCUCUACCGCCUGGAGGGCUUCCGCAAGUCUCAAGUGGCUGCCUACCUGCGGAAAAACAAUGACUUCAGCAGGGCCGUGGCUGAGGAGUACCUGUCCUUCUUCCACUUUGGAGGCCAGAGCCUGGACCAAGCCCUCCGGGGCUUCCUGCAGGCCCUGGUGCUCAGCGGGGAGACCCAGGAGCGGGAGCGAAUCCUCUACCAGUUCUCCAGACGCUUCCAUCGCUGCAAUCCUGGCGCCUUCCCCUCCGUAGAUUCCAUACACACCUUGACCUGUGCCAUCAUGCUUCUUAACACCGACUUGCAUGGACAGAACAUUGGGAAGAGCAUGAACUGCCAGGAAUUCAUUACCAACCUGAAAGGCCUGCAGGAUGGCAGUAACUUCCCCAAAGAGUUGCUGAAGGCCCUCUACUGGUCUAUCCGAACUGAAAAGCUUGAGUGGACUGUGGAUGAAGAGGACACAGCUAGACCUGAGAAGGCCCAACCUGCUCCGCCAGCUAGCAAGAUGACUAACCCUUUCCUCCAGUUGGCUCGGGACCCCACAGUGCCCACGUACAAGCAGGGCUUCUUGGCUCGGAAGAUGCAUCAGGAUGCCGAUGGCAAGAAGACUCCGUGGGGCAAGCGCGGCUGGAAGAUGUUCCACACCUUGCUUCGGGGGAUGGCGCUGUACUUCCUCAAGGGGGAGGAGCAGAGCCCGGGCGGGGAGGGCCCGGCCGGGCCGAUGGCGGACGAGCCCGUGGGCGUGCACCACUCCCUGGCCAGCCCGGCCGCGCACUACACCAAGAGGCCGCACGUGUUCCAGCUGCGCACCGCCGACUGGCGCCUCUACCUCUUCCAGGCGCCCACCGCCCGGGAGAUGACCUCGUGGAUCUCCCGCAUCAACCUGGCGGCGGCCACGCACUCCGCCCCGCCCUUCCCGGCCGCCGUGGGCUCCCAGCGCCGCUUCGUGAGGCCCAUCCUGCCCGUCCGCCCCGCGCGCGGCUCCCUGGAGGAGCAGCACCGGUCCCACGGGCACUGCCUGGACGCCGCCGCCCACGACCUCCGCGACCUGCAGCGGCGCCGCGCGCCCGACGGGCGGGGCCGCGGCCGCGAGCCGGACGAGUUCCGCCUGCGCGAGGCCUUCCUGGAGCACGAGAAAGCGCGCUACGAGACCUACGUGCAGCUGCUGGUGGCCCGGCUCCGCUGCCCGUCGGGGGACCUGGCCCUGUGGGAGGAGCAGCUGGGGAGGGAGGCGGCCGGCCCGCCGCGCACGCCCAAGCCCGGCCUGAAGAAGUCCCACUCCAGCCCGUCCCUGCACCAGGAGGAGGCCCCCACCACCGCCAAAGUGAAGCGCCACGUCUCCGAGCGCAGGACUUACCGCAAGAUCAUUCCCAAGCGGAACCGCAACCCGCUGUGAACGCUAGCCUCCGCCCCUGGGGUGUGGACUGGAACCCCGGGAAAGGAGCCUCCUUGCCCACCGGGGUCUCUGGCCAGGGAUCGAGGCACCUCCUCCCCUUGUCAUUUCCCCGUUGGCUUCCUUCCCUGGCUCUGGAACUGCCCGAGGAAAACUCUCCCUGCUCUUAGUGCCACACCCCAAGAUCAUUCCCUUGGCUGCCUUGGGGG